CGUUUUCCUUGUACUAACUUCUCCCUCCCGACAUUUGCGGAUGAUGUGUUCUCAUAGUGCCCCUCUCCCCCGUCUAAAUUAUAGGGUUCACAAAAAAAGUCAUCCGCUGAAACCAGCAAGAAGCUACUCCGGAACGAAGAUACUGUUAACUCCACAACCUUGUCUUAAAAUUAGUUUUUUCUCCUUCCUCAAAUCUUCUCAGGCAUUAUUGAGUCUCAAUACUCUAAAAGAGACUUGCGCCUCUGCAGGUGUGGCUAAAUAUGGAAAGCCGAUUGGACAGGAUGAAAACAUUAGAGUUUAUAUAAUUGUUAUUGGUUCUGUUGUUGUUGAUCCAAUCACUUGUGCUCAACUUGGCAAGGGAGAGGUACGAGCUGGCUUUUUAUUUGGGUUGACCUUUUGCACAUAAUGGCUAAUUACUAUACCAUAAUCGAAUUAGGCAAUUAGCAUAUUAUCAUCACAGAUUGAUUGAUGCAUGGUAUUAUUAUAAUAAUGUAUGAAAGAAAUUUAGAUGCUUUCAACAUUUUAUAUUCCCCCUAUUUUGAUUUUAUUUUAUUAUCAGAACUUCAAUAAAGUUAACUCUACUUUACAAAUGCC